GCUCUGGUUUACCUGACGAACAACCGUGACCGUGUCAUCUCUCACACAAACACACUACACACGGAAGCGCCGCUGUACACAUGUUGUGCCGCUGGUAGCCGUGGUGUCGAAGCUACAGUGGCGGCAGGAAGCUGCGGCUCUUCUCUCGGCUGCUGAUGGAGCACAUCCGACUACCAAAGGUGGAGAACGUCAAGCUUGUCGACAGAGUGUCUCCCAGGAGGAGCAGGGUGGGAACCCUCUACCUGACAGCCACACACUCCAUCUUCGUGGAGAGCGAGGCAGGAGUGCGCAAUGAAACAUGGGUGCUCCACAGCUUGGUGUGCAGUGUGGAGAAACAGGCCGCCGCGGCCUCGGGAUGCUCCCUCCUGAUUCACUGUAAGAACUUCCAGGUUCUGCAUUUUGUCAUUCCCCGAGAGCGGGAGUGCCACGACGUCCACCUGUCCCUGCAGCGUCUGUCCCAGCCAGAGAGUUACGUGGAGUUGUACUGCUUCUCCUACAAGCCCAAUGUUGGCGAAGUAGAGAGACGGCAGGAAUGGGACCUCUUGGACCUUAAGGCGGAUUACAGCAGAAUGGGAGUCCCUAACUCCCUGUGGAAACUCUCCCCCAUCAAUAGACACUACAAGGUGAGUGACACUUACCCUGCUGACCUCUUUGUACCUGAGUCUGCCGCACCUCCGGUCAUCGUGGGAAGCUCCAAGUUCAGAAGCAGAGGGAGAUUUCCCACUCUGUCGUACUACUCCAAAGACAAUCAUGCUGCCAUCUGCCGCAGCAGCCAGCCCCUGUCAGGUUUCAGCGCCCGCUGCUUAGAGGAUGAACAGAUGCUGGAGGCCAUCUUGAGGUCCAAUCCCCGCAGCGACUUCAUGUAUGUUGUGGACACCAGGCCUAAGCUGAAUGCGAUUGCGAACCGAGCUGCAGGAAAAGGCUACGAAAAUGAAGACAACUACUCCAACAUUAAAUUCCAGUUCAUCGGCAUCGAGAACAUCCACGUUAUGAGAAACAGCCAACAGAAAAUGCUAGAAGUGUGUGAGCUGCGUUCCCCCUCCAUGUCAGACUUCCUGGAGGGUCUGGAGAGCUCAGGCUGGCUGAAGCACAUCAAAGCUGUUUUGGAUGCAGGCAUCUUCAUCGCCAAGGCUGUUGCAGAGGAGGCUGUAAGUGUCCUGGUUCACUGUUCGGACGGUUGGGACCGUACGGCCCAGGUGUGCUCAGUGGCCUGUGUGUUGCUGGAUCCCUAUUACAGGACUCUCCGAGGACUCAUGGUUCUCAUCGAAAGAGACUGGGUCUCAUUUGGACACAAGUUCUCUCACAGAUGCAACCACCUGGUCGGAGACCCCAAGGAGGUGUCUCCCAUCAUCGAUCAGUUCCUUGAGUGCGUGUGGCAGCUGAUGGAGCAGUUCCCCUGUGCCUUUGAGUUCAACGAGAGGUUCCUCAUCGCCAUUCACGGCCACAUCUACUCCUGCCUGUACGGCAACUUCAUUGGCAACAACCAGCGGGAGAGGAUCGAGCUGGGAGUGCGAGAGAGGACUCACUCUCUGUGGAGUUACCUAUGGAUGAACCGUGCGGACUUCAUCAAUCCUCUGUACAGGCCAGACCACAGCCAGACUCAGGGGCUCCUCCGGCCGUCCACUGCCCCCUACUGCUUCAAAUUUUGGAGAGGCCUGUACAACCAUUUUGACCGAGGGAUGCACCCACGGCAGUCGGUCGAGGAUUAUCUUCAGGCCAUCCAAGAGGAGACGCAGCAGCUGCAUGACCAACUGGCCUCUCACAAACAGAAAAUAGGUAAACUGGAGCAGGAGCAGGUGUGGAGAGUCACCCAGAAGACGACCACCUUGGACAAGAGCCCCACGGCGUGGGCUCUUGGUAAUGACCUCACAGUGGCCAACACCCCUCAGGACUACACCGGGGACUUCAUCUCCAGCAGCCCUUGUCAGCCGAAGGCCCCAGAGAGCAGCCUGAUCCUCCUGCCCCACGACUUGAACCAAAAAUCCGAAGCCAACCUUUCCAACGGCAGCGACCAGGAGUCGGGGAUCGCAGACCUGAGCUGUCGCUCACCGCUCAGCGAGGACAGCACCAGGGAUCCGGACUCGGAUGAGGCUGCCUACUCUGCUGCCUGAGCAAAUGUAGUGAUGUGGUGGGAAGCCGAAGCAGCUUCAAGGCCACAGAGCAAACUCCACCUGUACAUUCACCGAGUCACCCAGUUAUCCGCUAAUGUUAGUGAAAAAUAUUAAAAGGAUAAACCCUCCAUGUUGCCACAUUAAUACAUACUAGUUGAACAUCUUGUGCUGUAGCUGAAACAUUUCCUUCUUACCCAAGUUACAGAAACUCUGAAAGUAAUAGCCAAGAUCAAUGAAUAGUGUCUUGUCUGCUGUUUGACAGCAGACUUACUCGAGUCAAAAGCAAGUUAAGAACAAUUCUGAACUGUACUUGUAAUGUGAGUGUGAAACUAUGAGCACUUUUUCCUAUGGUCUUCCAUACACUAUUUAUUCAGUAGGCUUUUGACUUAACAAUACAAACACUUUUUGCAAAAGGAAAACGCUGCAGCAAUGGAUCACAACAGCUUCAUUCAUUUAUUCUCAGCUAUAAAAAAAGACCUAACCAGGCAACAAAUCCAAUAAAGAAUUUUUAAAGCAAUAAAAGUCAAGAAACACAGCUCUAAAGAGAUCAAAUAAAAAUUAGACAUAAUCAAACUGAUACAACUCUGACUAAACAAAAUAACAACCAGACAAACUGCUGGGACAAAAACAGCAGACCUAACAAAACAGAAGCUUCUGUCACAUUGUAUUUAGAGAAUGAAUCAUAGUUGUAGCAGUUUUGCAAAGAUGUAUCUCCUUAAGUGUUUUGAUAAUUCUGUCUAACCGCUAUUUCAAAUGCUGUCGCACAUUUCGGUCACUGCCACUCAGGCAGUCUGGGUUCAGGAUUUCAGUCUAGCCUGGAAAGAAGCAGUAAACCUGUUCUGCCCAAAGUUUAGUUCAUGUGUCGCUGUAGCGAAGUUUCAUUCCCAUAAAGAAGUUCUUAUCAACCAAACUCCCUUGGCACACCACAGUGACCUCAGAUGGGUUUUACAGUCAUUACACUCCAAUAACCAGUGGUUGGGUUGUGGUUGAUACGCUCUGAAUUUUUACUGAAGUCACGGCAAAUUUUUACAUUUUCGUCCACAAUAAUACAAACCAAAUGUUUUUACCAAAGGUAAUCGAGUAUCUGCAGCCAUAAACAGGACGCACAGUAAAUGAUGGGACGACUGAACUGGCAGACGAGAGCGUGUGAACACAAAUAUUCUGCUGUUUAACGAAGCAGAUAAGCAUCUGACUUUUUGAAUAUCUGAGUUGUCUUAACUGUAAAACUAGGAUUAAAUCUCCUCACUGUAAUAGUGUAGUACACAUCACUGUUUGUGCACUCCAGUACUGCAAAUGAACAAUGUACAGAUUAUCCGGCAAAGCAUGUUAAGAUAUUUUUGUACUUUGACCUAUUUUUUUUGGGGGGGGGGGGACUACUGCAAUCUGGCUAUAAUGCAUGUUCUUUUUCAUUUGUAUCCCAGGGUUUAACAGUCUGCUCAUAACCAAGUCUGACCUUGUUUAAAAGAAAGAGCUUUACUGCAUAUGACUGUUUUUGUUCAAGCGGAAAAAAGAGCCACAUUUAUCAAAAGAACUUAAAAUGCUAUGAUUGUGUCAAUUUUGUCAAAGUUCCUGUGAAAUAAAUAAAUAUAUUACUGUCA